AUGGCCCUAACCAAAGUCAGAUCACUUGGAGAACUGAAGCUCUUGAAGAUCUGUAGAGCAGUGGAGUGCACUGUGGAGAUGGAAAGGGUCACUUCUGCUCAUUUUUCAGUCUUUAGGAUAACUUCAAGCUGUUUGUCUGAAACAAAGGACUUGCGUGGGUCUGAUAUGAAGCUUGGAAGAAAUGUGGCCAGGACGUUCUUGGACUACUACAGGCUGAAUGCCUUGGUGGAGAGACCGCUAGCACCUAUUCCUAAAACUCGGAAAGAAAAACUGCCGCUUUUUAAAUGCACUACCCAGCGGGGCCAAGGGAGCAGCCAUGUUGGCAGGAAGCCAGAGAAGAGGAGCCAGACAAAUCUCAAGGAGCCGUCUCUCUCCACAUGAUGCUAGGAGAGGAGGGCUGGUCUGCGGGGCUGAGGCGAAGGAGCACGUCUGGGUUCUGGAACUGAUAAGGUUUCUCUUUUUUCCCAGACAAGUAUUUCUAAGGUAACAAAUAGGCCAAGGGCGAAAGAGGGAGAGGGAAAUUAGCUAGAAAUUUUACUAUUGAUUCUUUUUUAUUUAUAGAUGGUAAAUCAAUUUCAGGCCCUUUUUUUUUUUUUUUUUUGGCUCAUCUCUGGGAAAAAGAGCAACCCAAUGGAUUUACAGAAAUCAUUUGCUGUGGCUGAAAAGCUAUUUGUUAAAACGAGAAAGCCUCGCCUUCCUUCACCAGCCCCUCUCUCUCUUUAAAGGGGUAAUCCAUACGGUGAGCCAACGAGGGACUCCUUGCUCCCCUGCUGCACCAUGUGUUGUCUCUCCUUUCAGUGUCAGGCUCAGAAGCUUUUAUGCCAAUUGCAUGUGCUAGUCCAGUUAGCUUGCAUUAAGAGAGCCUGAUAAAUAGCUUGUGGGAGUUAGGCAGGUGGUCCUUAGCGUGCUGUUUAUCAUCCACUGCAUGGUUAGUUUUUUGCUCUUCUAUCAAAUCAUUUGAGGAACGAGGUCAUACAAGGAAUGUUACUGAUGUCACCUGUCGUGCUGCAGGCAUGAAACUCACACCAAGACCUGUCCAACAGGCAGAAACCUUGGUCCUCUGGCAACGGCUGGCUGGGGCCCAACAGAUUUACCACUGAGGCAACGUGGGCUGGGGUAACACCAAAAGGGAUGAACCAAAAGUAUCAUGCUACUACUGCAAGAAAGCCCAGGUAAAGCCUUGCAGCCUUCUCAUUAGAUGGCCAGCACAUGAAACGUCUGCUCAAAGCCACUGUCACAAGGCAUCUCCCGGUCUUGUGUGAUUAAUAGGAAAUACCUUCCAGUGAUGUGGAUUUGAUGCUGUAGGCCAGUGGUUCUCAAACUGGAAAGCGAAAGAGGGUGACCCUGAGGGAGAGUGGGAGAGUCUCCCAGGCAAUGGGAAGGGAGAAGGCACUUAAAAGUGCCCCAGGCCCAUCAGAAAACUCUGGAAGCAAUUUCUCUUGACUUUCUUGUAGUAUGAGUUGAGCUGCAGCAGUGGCUUGGAGGAGAGAUGUGCUAAGCCCCACUGGAUGGAGAGGGAAAAGAUGAACCAGAUUGGGGGUGAAGAGAGAUGUGUGAAAUAAGACUGGAUUGGCAUCUCUUAGUGUGGGGUGGCCCUGAAGGCAUAGUAGCCCCUGACACUUAUUUCACUAGUCAGAAAGCAGGGUUGGUUGCUCUUCUGCUCUUUUCCAGGACUUGAGCCCUAUGAUCUAGGAGCAGGACAAAAUUCAGCUGGGUUCUCAAGCUGGGCUGUAUGUGAGAAGAAUGUAUCCUGGGGAGAAAUUAGGAGAUAUGAGAAGAAUUGAGAAUUACAGGCUAAAAUGGACCGUCCAGGCAACUUAAAUUUAUCAUCCUGUGUGGGAAUGCUCACAGGUUCUCCAGCAGUGGAGAACCGCUAAAUCUGGGCAUGACCAACACUGAACCGAGGUUUGAAGAACUGAAAGCAGCUCAGGUUUCAUUUAUGCAUCCAGGAAUCUAACAGACCCUUAUAUGUUCUCAUCUGUCUUUGAAUACCUUUGGCUCAUUCUCACCAUAUCUGUGUCACAAUGGAUGGAAGAGAGCUCUGCAUAAGUUCCUUUGGGCUCUUUUCAAUACUGGAGAAACACAAAGCAAGCGGAGUCAAGGAUAAGGUAUGUGUUCUGUGUGACAGGGCUACAGAAGUCUGUGGAAGGCCCUGAGACAAUACCCAGGCAGACCUCUCAGGAGCUACUCAGUUUCCAUCCAGUUAGCAUUUCUUCAAGCAGAACGAAUGGGCAGCCGCAAGUCAGGGCCUAAAUUUGGCCUUGCAUGCCUCCAAGAAAGGACCAGCUGCUAAGGAUCUGACAGAAUUUGAGCUGGCUGCAUCCAUGUGUUAGCCAGCUAUUAGCUAAGCUUUCAGUAGUUAGUUAGUUUCUCUCUAAUGGGAGGGGGGGGGGGAACUUGAUUGAAAAAAGGAAAAGCUGUCCCACUUGAAGGAGAGUGGUUUAAAACACCUUAGCAAACCUGACGUUGCCAGAAUUUCAAGGUGAGGGGGUUAAACUGUGUGUGUUUUUAUGGAAAAUGAAAUGCCUUAAUACGAUGAAUUCCAAGGCAUCUAAAAGACACAGUACUGGCUUUCUGUCUCCAAAAGCAGAGGAAUGAAUAGCAGAGACAGUGUGAUAAUUAAAAUGACCUCUUGGAGAUAUGGAUUAGAAGGUAUGCAGAAGGGGGAUAAAUUCUCUUUUGAAUUAAUCUAGUGUUAAUUUAUGACUAUCACUGGGUUUUAUAGGGUUUUAGCAGAAGACUUGCAAAGUUGUUUUACUGGGAGAAAUUUUUUUGCAUAUUCAUUGAAAAAAACACUUGCGGAAUUCUUUAUUUAUUUCUGAAUGACUUAAUAUAUACAUACACAUAUGGAGAGAGAAUUUCAGUUAUUUGCUUAGCCCCUAGGGGCUUAGCAGCUAAACUCUAGAAACC